CCAGUUUUUUAUCCAAGUAGCCCAGGGCCUCUUCAAGCCCCCAUCAUCCUGGAGACAGCUACAUUCUCCUAAACGGCCACCACCCCCCCUCCCCAAGUCUCCGUGAGCCUGAGAAGCCCCUCAGGAUGGCGGCAGGCGUGGCCACGUGGUUGCCCUUUGCACGGGCCGCCGCUGUGGGCUGGCUGCCCCUGGCCCAGCAGCCCCUGCCUCCUGCACCCGGGGUGAAGGCAUCUCGAGGAGAUGAGGUUCUAGUGGUGAACGUGAGCGGCCGGCGCUUCGAGACCUGGAAGAACACACUGGAUCGCUACCCUGACACCCUAUUAGGCAGCUCUGAGAAAGAGUUCUUCUAUGAUGCCGACUCAGGCGAGUACUUCUUCGAUCGGGACCCGGACAUGUUCAGGCACGUGCUGAACUUUUACCGUACGGGCAGGCUGCACUGUCCCAGGCAGGAGUGCAUUCAGGCCUUUGAUGAGGAGCUGGCCUUCUAUGGCCUGGUCCCCGAGCUUGUGGGUGACUGUUGCCUUGAAGAAUACCGGGAUCGCAAGAAGGAAAAUGCUGAGCGCCUGGCAGAGGAUGAGGAGGCUGAGCAGGCUGGGGAUGGCCCAGCCCUGCCCGCGGGCAGCUCCCUCCGCCAGCGGCUCUGGCGGGCCUUCGAGAACCCACACACAAGCACCGCGGCCCUCGUUUUCUACUAUGUAACCGGUUUUUUCAUCGCUGUGUCGGUCAUUGCCAACGUGGUAGAGACCAUCCCGUGCCAUGGUCCUGCGCGGAGGUCCCCAAAGGAGCAGCCCUGUGGUGACCGCUUCCCCGUGGCUUUUUUCUGUAUGGACACAGCCUGUGUGCUCAUCUUCACCGGGGAAUAUCUCCUGCGGCUCUUUGCCGCCCCCAGCCGUUGCCGCUUUCUGAGAAGCGUCAUGAGCCUCAUCGACGUGGUGGCCAUUCUGCCCUACUACAUUGGGCUUUUUGUGCCCAAGAACGAUGACGUCUCAGGUGCUUUUGUCACCCUGCGUGUGUUUCGGGUCUUCCGCAUCUUCAAGUUCUCCAGGCACUCACAGGGCUUGCGGAUUCUGGGCUACACCCUCAAGAGCUGUGCCUCUGAGCUGGGCUUUCUCCUUUUUUCCCUCACCAUGGCCAUCAUCAUCUUCGCCACUGUCAUGUUCUAUGCUGAGAAAGGUACCAGUAAGACCAACUUCACAAGCAUCCCUGCAGCCUUCUGGUAUACCAUUGUCACCAUGACCACACUUGGCUAUGGAGACAUGGUCCCCAGUACCAUUGCAGGCAAGAUUUUUGGGUCUAUUUGUUCACUCAGUGGUGUCUUGGUCAUUGCCCUACCUGUACCAGUUAUUGUAUCCAACUUUAGCCGCAUCUACCACCAGAACCAGCGAGCUGAUAAGCGCCGAGCACAGCAGAAGGUACGCCUGGCAAGGAUCCGCUUGGCAAAGAGUGGGACCACCAAUGCCUUCCUGCAGUACAAGCAAAACGGAGGCCUUGAGGACAGUGGCAGCCGGGAGGGACAAGCUCUGUGUGUCAGGAACCGGUCUGCUUUUGAACAACAGCACCACCAUUUGUUGCACUGUCUAGAGAAGACGACGUGCCACGAGUUCACAGAUGAAUUGACCUUCAGUGAGGCCUUGGGAACUGUCUCACUGGGUGGCCGCACUAGCCGGAGCACCUCUGUGUCCUCCCAGCCAUUGGGGCCUGGAAACCUGCUAUCAUCUUGCUGCCCUCGCAGAGCCAAGCGCCGUGCCAUCCGCCUUGCCAAUUCCACUGCUUCGGUGAGCCCUGGCAGCAUGCAGGAACUGGACACACUGGCAGGACUGCGGAGAAGUCCUGCCCCUCAAAGCCGCUCAAGCCUGAAUGCCAAGCCCCAUGACAAUUUGGACCUGAACUGCGACAGCCGGGACUUCGUGGCCGCCAUAAUCAGUAUCCCCACCCCUCCUGCCAACACACCAGAUGAGAGCCAACCUUCCUCCCCUGGUGGCAGUGGUAACAGGCCUAGCAGCACCCUCAGGAACUCCAGCCUGGCUACCCCUUGCCUACUCCCCGAGACUGUCAAGAUCUCUUCUCUGUGAGGGAUGGGCCUGUCCAUUCAGAGGGCUCUUUUCAUACUUGGGGACUCCUUUCCAAAGCCAUAUUUUGGGGAGGCAGAUGGGGAAGGCCUGGGGAUCCCUUCUGCUCCCUGCCAAGAACUAUGCAAUGGAGUUUCAUGGAAUAGGCCACUGGGUGUGGAAAUAGCUGGGAAUGGGACAAUUUCCCCAUGCCCAUUUUCCAGGUGGGAGCCAAAACUAGAUUUUCACAGGGCCUUGGCCUUCUUGCCCCCUAACACAGUAGGACUGGCCCCUCUCUCCCAACUGGCCUCCUGCAUGCACCUCACCUUUGGCCCUCAGACACAUGUCGGAGCUCUGGCCUGGCAAGGAGAGUUUAGAGAAGGGAACCCUCACUUUUUUUUUAUCUAACCUCUAGGAGAAAUCCUCACCUUCCAUCAGGCCCAGCAAUUCCCGGAUUCUGAAGCUUGGAAUGCAACCAUGGGUUUCAAGGGCUGUGUCCUCAGCAUUGACCUGCCACCCCCUUCCAGGCCUUAGCUGAGGGGUCAGGCUGCCUCUCCCAACAUACAGAUAGCACAAACACCAUCACCGCCCUCUUCCCUGGCUGCUGGAAAUGGUCUCUGCCAUCCUGUUCUCCCUCUGCUGGGCCUCCAGCAAACUCUAGCAAUAGCAGCUGCUGCCUUGAUAAUAUGCAAAGCCUCUGACCAGUUUGCUGCAGCAUUUACAUCUGCCCUGAUCAGAAGGGCCACCUGAAACUCCUCCUCCUCUCUUCUCUGGUUUGCUUCCUUCCUGGGUUGGGCUGGAGCCUGGACUGACUGAGAUAAGAGUCUGGCAGUCAGCAAGAGCUGGGGUGUGUUUGGAGAUCUUGGGCUGAUUCCACGUUCUUGGGCUGGAGUCCAGAACUGUCUAAGGGCUGAAGCCUCCUAUAACUCCUGGAGUUAUAGGAGAAACUUCUUGAUCACUUCCCUCCCCACAGCCCUAACUCCUUUCCACAGAUUCCUCCUCUUUUCCCUCUUGGAUCACCUUCUGGAACUUGGCUCUCAGGCUGAAAUCUAGCAUCACCUCAGGUUCCCUGUCCCCAGCACUGUCCCUAUGGAGCUGGCAGCUGACAAAGAUGCAGUUUCCAUCAGUCAAUAAAACCUGAGAGGAGAGAUAAGGACUGAGCAAUUCCUGAAUCUGGGUGUGGGGGAUUGGGUUGGAUUAGGGGAUUAU